UCUGAUAACAGCAACAGUAGGAGGAUGAUGAGCUCGGCUCCUCCCCCUCUCCCUCUCUUAGCUAUAAGUAGGAGCUGGGGUUUUUGGCUCCUCUCACUUCUCUUGAAGGAUGAGAUCCCUGAAACAUCUCAAACAUCACACCAGGAGUAAUGUGGGAAAGCAAGAGGUUCCUCUGGUGCACUGCUAUUCUAAAGUGAUGGAGCAUGCAGUGGAUGCCGGCACUCAGACUGACCCAGUGGUGGUCCUGUCUCUGGCUCAGGCUGCUGUGCUGGGCCUCAUAUCUCAGAAUGAAAUCUUCGGAGCCACCAUCGCCCCAAAUGGCUUCUACACGGGAGAGGCGCGUGACGGUCCCCCUUCCACUGGAGAAGCCAUGGAGUAUGAAUACACAGAUCGGCUAAUUGGGGCCAACGGAGACUAUCUGUCUGAGCCUAACGGAAAGCACAGGAGGGCUGAGUGCAGGCGUUCGGGGCCCCAUGGGAAGACCAAGAGGCCCCAGAGUGAGGGUGAAUCAGAGGACUCCACAGAGAGGUCUCCGGACACACCGAAUCAGGUGAAAGGAGAGAAGCCUGAUUUCUCUAGCCCCUGUUAUCUCUCAACUCCUCUGCAAACAGAAAAUGAGCCAGAAGUGUUGGACCUAGCAAUGAACAGAGUGGCAAUGAAGGAAGAACUGUGUAACAAAGGCUACCCUGAGUCCUCGAGGGAGCCAGGCACUGUCACUGAUGCUGACUGUGACGCUCAAACUCGGGCCCACCAAAGCCCUGCAGGGCAUGAAAAGGGACCAGCAGAGUCCUUUGAGGAAGGGCGGGGAAAAGAGGAGGAGGUGGAGGAGGAGAGAGCACUGAAUUUGAAAACCUCAGAGGAGGAUGCGAGCCCUGUAAUGAGGCGCUACUAUGAGUCCAGUGUGACGGUGUACGAGGCUGCUGAGAUGGGCCUGGCAGGCGAUUACGAGGAGGGCAGCCAGGCCAUGAUGUGGGCAGACAACGAGAACUCUUUGGGUCGACGCAUGCAGAUUGACCGCCUAGACAUCAAUGUGCAAAUCGACGAGUCAUACUGCGUCGAUGUGGGCGAAGGCCUCAAGCGUUGGAAGUGCCGCAUGUGCGAGAAGUCCUACACCUCUAAAUACAACUUGGUUACGCACAUUCUCGGUCAUAACGGCAUCAAGCCACACGAGUGUUUGCACUGUGGCAAGCUCUUCAAGCAGCCCAGCCACCUGCAGACGCACCUGCUUACACACCAGGGCACACGGCCACAUAAGUGCACAGUCUGCAAGAAGGCCUUUACCCAGACCAGCCACCUUAAACGGCACAUGUUGCAACACAGUGACAUCAAGCCUUAUAGCUGCCGCUUUUGCGGCCGGGGUUUCGCCUACCCCAGUGAGCUACGCACUCACGAGACCAAACACGAGAAUGGGCACUGUCACGUCUGCACGCAGUGCAGCCUGGAGUUCCCCACCCAUGCCCACCUCAAGCGGCACCAAGUCAGCCACCAGGGCCCAACCACCUUCCAGUGUACUGAAUGCCACAAGUCCUUUGCCUACCGUAGCCAACUUCAGAACCACCUGAUGAAGCACCAGAAUGUGCGGCCAUAUGUCUGCUCCGAGUGUGGUAUGGAGUUCGUGCAGAUCCACCAUCUGAAGCAGCACAUGCUAACACACAAGGUACUGAAACAGCAGGCCCUCGAACACAAGGGUAUGAAGGAAUACAAAUGUGACGUGUGUUCUCGCGAGUUCACGCUCUCAGCCAAUCUGAAGCGCCACAUGCUGAUACACACCAGCGUGCGCCCUUUCCAGUGCCACGUCUGCUUCAAGACCUUUGUCCAGAAACAGACGUUAAAAACACACAUGAUUGUCCACUUGCCAGUGAAACCUUUUAAGUGCAAGGUGUGCGGGAAGUCCUUCAACAGAAUGUAUAACCUGCUGGGUCACAUGCAUCUUCAUGCCGGUAGCAAACCCUUCAAGUGUCCUUACUGCACCAGCAAGUUCAAUUUGAAGGGCAACCUCAGCCGACACAUGAAGGUGAAACAUGGAAUCCUGGACACCUCAACUGAAGGACAAGACAUCCUGCCUGAUGCAGAGGGUCAGGAAGAUUACAAGGAGGAGAGCUUUGAUUACAGUGAGAGGGAAAAUCUAGCCAACAACAACACACAAGACUUGGCCAAAAUGGCCAAAAUGAGCUACUACAACUACACCAAGUUGGCUGCACGCUACAACACGGCUUAAGUGGCUGACUGAAACACUAAGAUAUGGACAUUUCUUAGUACUCUAGGUUCUGACAUGAGCCACUGAGGAAAUAGCCAUCAUGAAUGGAUGUGCACUGGAAGCUAUUUUGUCUCUGUAAAACGAGUGACAGCAGCUUCAUUUUAACAAAAUUGUAAUUUUACUUUAGGGCCCAUCCUGAAGAAUAGAGGACAAUUUGUAUAGGUGCUAAACAGAAGUUUUACUUGUCACUGAGUACAAUUCUUAAAGGGAUAGUUCACCCAAAAAUACAACAUCUGUCCUCAUUUAGUCUCCCUCAUGCUUUUCCAAACCCCUAUGACUUUGUCUUUGUGGAACUCAGGAAGAGAUGAAAAAAGAUGAAAAAGGUGAAUGGUGACUGAGGUUAACAUAUUGUUUAACAUUUCCUUUUGUAUUCCAUGAAAGAAAGUCAGUCAUACAGGUUUGAAACAAACAUUACAGGGUGAGAAAAAGAUAGAAUUUUAAUUUUUGGGUGAACUAUUCCUUUAAAAUCAGAUAAUCUCAGAGUCAGUGGUACAGUAAAAAAAUAUGUACAGAGGAAGCACUUAAAUCUAUACAGACGAUCCACAGCUCAUUUCAACAUGGAGACACCAAGAUUUUGAUGUGGCUUUUGAUAUUAUAGAACAUUGAUCUUGUUGGUGGUUUUAUUGUCCAGCAAGGUAGUAACCAUUUACAGGACUUAACCAAAGCUUACAAAGUGCAAAUAGUUCUCAUUACAUUUUAACUUCCCCAACAUUGUUUUAAUUGUCUUUACACAUGCUGUGUCUUUUGUUCAGAUUCUUCCUCUCCUAUUUGUUGUUUUUGAUGAGCAUAGGUAUUUGUGGUUCACAAUGGGCCUUUUUAUUUUUUUAUGUGGGCCAGUCCAUGGUAUUUGAUAACUCUGUGGCCUUCUGGACAUAGUGCUUUGUUUUUCCAUAAUGAUUGCAAAUAAUAUUUAUUGUUUAAUGUUAUUUCUUGGCUUUCACAAGUGUAAAUACAUAGAUUUUAAGAGUCAGUGUUCCAGAUGGGAAUAUGUUAUUUCAAUUUAAGAAGGAUAUUGUAGCUUAGCCAUGGAUUUAAUUACAUUUUGGUCCAUUAUGUCUAAAUGAUAUAUCUUUCUUUACUUUGAUGAAUUAAGUAAUACAAACUAAGAUUGUCCCUUUAAAGAGUCCCAUUUCACAGAGCCCAUGUGUCAGACAAAAAGCUGUUAAAUAUUUCACCAAAUCUGAAAUCCUGUGUUUUUUAUGAUCAUCACUUUAGUUCGCAGUCUGUUAUUUACUACUUGCUAACUGUGGGCUAAAUCCAUUUCAUUUUUAAAUAUGGAGAUCUAGCUUAAUUAUUUUUUGGUGUUGCUUAAACGAUCUUAUUCCAAACAUAAUCAAUUUCAAUCUCUUUGGAUAGAAAACCUUGUAACGUGUACUGCAUCUUUCCCAAAAUCACCAGUACUGGUUGAAUUUGAAGAGGAUGCCCUAAAAACACUGGACAAAAAUAUUAACUGCCCUUGUGUGUGCAAGAGAGUGUCUCAUCCAUCAUUCCUGCACGGAGCUCAGAAGUGAUGAACGACAGUCUGCCGACAAGUGACAGGUCCCGAGACCCAGCAGAGAAUGAUUGGGGAAAUUCACCAUGUAUUCACCAUUUCUCUCUCUGCUUACCUUCACACUGACACAGUACAAACUAGCUACAGUAGGCAACUCAAAACUUUAAUGUGUAACAUGAGAAAAAAAGAUUGUGGAUUUUGUAGUGUUGUAUCCUUGCAUUUUGGGCUUUUAGUCUAAGCUAGGCAGUUGUUUUAGGUUUGUAUAUAUCUUUUAUUUAACACUAAUGUGAAUAUGAUGAUAAAUGUCUGUUUACCAUUGUGCUAUGAACAUUAUUGUAAAUUAAUACAUUUAUUUGCCUUUAAAACCGUGGACUGCUAUUGUGUGGAUAAACAACACAAGAACCAGGCUUCAGGUGUCAAGGGAUUUAAUAGAGGGUUUCUGAAAUGGCCCUUGAACUUUUUUUUUUUCCCCCUAUUGUAUUAUACAGUAUCUGACAUACAGUACUUCUACCAAAAAUAGAACCCUGAAGUUGUGGGGAGAGAUGGUGGAUCCCAUCAGCAGGAUUAGCUAACAGAACAGCUAUGACA